AUGACAAGCAAAACCUGGUUCCUCCCUCCCGACUUUACCUUUCUUCCAGACGGGCAAAUUGCGCUCGGCAGCAUCAUCCCCAGUCCUCGACAACCAACCGCCACCCUCGCUUCUGCCAUCUCCUACCCGACUAUCAUCCUGCCGAAGACCAAGUCCAUCACGGAGAAAAACCUCAGCUUCUCAGCCGAAAAGAGCCGCUCCUUAGGGCUCGCGCUCUUUGCGAAGCUUCUCGACGUCGGAAAUGCCAAGGUCGAUGUGUCAUGGUACAAGAACAAAACCUUCAGCGCCGUCGAUCAUGAGGUGCGCACAUACCACGGAGCCUUUGCUCCAGAGACCUUGAGAGCAAUCUUGGCACUUGAGGAUAUUCAGAAGCACAUCGAUAGCGGGCGUUUUGGUAAGCGCCACGUAUAUAUCAUCACGGGCUUACGCGUGGUGCGACAGAGCUUUAUAGUUACCGAAGAGAAGGGGAUAAAAACGGCAACUUCUGUUGGAGUAUCAGGAUUUGUUCCCACUGGCACUGUGCCUGCCGUUCUAGGAGCCACGAUUGCCGGUAAAAUAGAUGAUAGGGCUAGGAAUAGCUACGAGACAGCACCGGGAAUCGUUUUCGCAUAUCGGCUACACGUGAUUCGACCCAAGAAUACAGGUGCCGAUGUCGAGCUAUUUUCUGAUAGGACAGCAUUCUUUAGCGGCGAAGCUGAAGAUGUUGAGGCUGAGAUGGAGAUAGUUGAGGUGGACGGCGCAGUGUACCGAGAAGAUUUAGAUGCAGAGCAAAAUGAUUACGAAGAGACGCGACUCGAAGGAGCAGACAAUGACGCCUAUAUCGUGUUUCACAGUUAG